CUGUGUCCCUCGGACACAGCGGAUCACCGAUCACGGAAAGAGCCAAAGAUGUUGGCUCAGUCAUGUGAUCAGCUGUGUCCAAUCACAGCUGAUCACAUCAGUGCCACAUGUCAGUGUCCAUCAGUGCCUUGUGUCAGUGCUCAUCCAUGCCACCUGCCAGUGCCCAUCAGUGCCACAUAUCAGUGCCUACCAGUGCACAUCAAUACCACAUAUCAGUGCCCACCUGAGCUGCCUUUCAGUGUCACCCAUCAGUGCCAGUCAGUGCCACCUAUCAAUGCCAAUCAGUUCCACCUAUCAGUGCUGCCAAUCAGUGCGCAAUAGAGCCGCCUACCAGUGCGCGCAUCAGUGCCGCCUAUCAGUGCGCAUCAGCGCCGCAUAUUGGUGCCUGUCAGUG